AUGGCCAAAGGCAUGCUUUCGAAGCUCUCGCAGCUCCUUUGCCUCUUCCCCCUUCUCACCCUUAGCCAACAGAUACCAACAGGGCUGCCGUACACCGUGAGCAAUGUCACUCUCCCAGACGGUAUCCAGAUCUUCUACCGAGAAGCUGGCCCCCCGAAUGCUACGACUCUUCUGCUCCUGCACGGCUUCCCGUCGUCGUCUCACCAGUUCCGAAACUUCAUUCCGAUCCUGGCGGCACACAACUACCACGUCAUUGCCCCCGACUACCCUGGCUUUGGAUUCACGGUGGUGCCCGACUCGUUGAACUACACGUACAGCUUCGAGGCUCUGACGCAGACCGUGGCUUCGUUCCUGGACGCUAAGAACAUCACGACCUUUGUCCCUUACAUGCACGACUACGGCGGGCCCAUCGGGUUCCGGCUGGCUCUGCAACGCCCCCAGUCUAUCCUCGCCUUCAUCUCGCAGAAUGCCAACGCCUACAUCGAAGGGUUUGGAGCAACCUUCUGGCCCCCAAUCUUUGCCCUCUGGAAUGCAACCACACCCGCACAAUUCCAGGCCGCGGCCACCCCAAUCAACGACACUGCAUUGACGCUGGCGGGGUUCAAGUCUCAAUACACCACCGGCAGCGCCCACCCGGAGAGCAUCGAGCCCGAGUCAUACUGGCUGGACUACUCCCUGAUGAACGAGCAAAUCGGCAACAGGGACAUCCAAAUCGACUUGCUGACCGACUACCGCUCCAACGUGCCGCUGUACCCGCAGUUCCAGGCCUACUUCCGCCAGCAGCAGCCCAAACUGCUGGCAGCCUGGGGCGCGAACGACAUCGUCUUCGUCCCGCCGGGUGCCAAGGCGUUCAAGAGGGACCUCCCCAACGCCGAGGUCGUGCUGCUGAACGCCGGUCAUUUCCUGCUCGAGACCAAUUUGGCGGAGCAAUCGGGCAUUGUCUUGGACUUUUUGAAGAAGAAUCUCUGA